AUGCAGUCACCCGUCACCCCUCCUCCUCACGUGACAUACAUGCAGUCACCCGUCACCCCUCCUCCUUACGUGACAUGCAUGCAGUCACCCGUCACCCCUCCUCCUCACGUGACGUGCAUGCAGUCACCCGUCACCCCUCCUCACAUGACCUGCAUGCAGUCACCCGUCACCCCUCCUCCUCACGUGACAUGCAUGCAGUCACCCGUCACCCCUCCUCCUCACGUGACGUGCAUGCAGUCACCCGUCAUCCCUCCUCCUCACGUGACAUGCAUGCAGUCACCCGUCAUCCCUCCUCCUCACGUGACUUGCAUGCAGUCACCCGUCACCCCUCCUCCUCACGUGACUUGCAUGCAGUCACCCGUCACUCCUCCUCACGUGACAUGCAUGCAGUCACCCGUCACCCACGUCACGUAUCAUCGCAUGCAUCACAGGUUGGUGCUCGCGUCGUUUUAA